AUGAAGCCCUUUGUCGACACUUUAGUCACUGAACAAGACCUAAAUGCUCAAAUCGGAGCGGCUUUGUGUUUGGCGAGGGCAAUUGAUGUGUCAGACGAUCCAGAACCAAUGUACUUGAGGAAGUUGGUGCCGAGGAUGGAGAGGUUGCUGAGGAGUGAGAGUUUCAAGGCGAAGGCAGCGUUGUUGACCCUGAUUGGGAGUGUGGUUGGAGCUGGCGGAGCAAAGAGUCAGCUUCUGGUGAAGAAUCUGGUGGCGUGUUUGAUGGAGUUCGUGCGCAGUGAGGAUUGGGCGGCCAGGAAGGCCUCUGCGGAGGCGUUGAUCACAUUGGCAGUCGUGGAAAGGGAAACCUUACCGGAGUUUAAGGCUUCGUGUUUAAAGACUUUUGAGGCGAAGAGAUUUGACAAGGUGAAGAUUGUGAGGGAGACGAUGAAUCAGAUGGUGGAGGUUUGGAAGGGGAUUCCUGAUUUUUUAGAGGAGAUCUCGCCGCCUCCUGAAUCACAAUUCUGUUCUAAAGAGGAUGCUAGUGAUGGGCACUGUCCGCCUGGCUUGAAGAUUUCCUGCAAUAUUAGCUCUGGUACUCCUCAAGUAAAGAGAAACAUCGUCCUGGCUGACAGAUCACCUUUGCCUGAUGGUUCUUCUACUGCUACAACAAGGAGGAGGAGUCUUCUCGACAGUAGUGACAAGAGAAAAGGUCCAGCAAUGUUCCGAAAGCUGGACUGUAAGAAGCCCACAGGUGGGAAAGUUAAAAUUUCUGCUCCUCAUGCGCCUUUGAGGGCAGUGGUUGGUGAGGAUGAACCAGGGUCUGGAGACGAGAAAACACAGGAGAAAGUUGACAAGGAUAGGAAUGGGUUUCAGAAGACGGAAAUGACAAGACGUGCCCUUUUCAGUAAGAUCUCUGAUGAGAAAAUACACAAAUUCUGUGGAUCUCGUGUUGUUCCAUGUAAUGAUGAGAGUUCAGAAUCUAUUAUCGUUGUUAAUAAUGUUACCGGAGAUCUCAGUAGAGGCCAUAAAGAAUGUGAGGAUUUAUCUUUGAUCCGCAAGCUGCUUGUGCAAAUUGAAAAUCAGCAGUCCAAUUUAUUAGAUCUCCUCCAGGGAUUCAUUGGGAGCUCACAGAAUGGGAUGCAUUCUUUGGAGACACGUGUUCAUGGUCUGGAGCUGGCGUUGGAUGAGAUCUCAUAUGACUUGGCUGUGUCAACUGGAAGGAUGUCAAAUCCGAACUCUGCAACCAUGUGUUGCAAGCUACCUGGUGCAGAAUUUUUAAGCUCUAAGCUCUGGGGAAGAACAGAAGGUCGGUUUUCAACGUCCCGGUUUUCUUCCAGUGGAACCCCAUCAGUGGCUGCCAUGCGCAACAAAACCGAUAAGAAUGGAAACAAUGAGACAUUUAACCUGGAAAAUAGGAGAUUUCGGCACCAGGGUGGUGGUGGUGGGUUUAUUGUGAAUCCACUGGCUGACAUCAAGUCCCAGGGGAUUUCAGAGAUUACAUCAAAUAGGGUCUCAAAGAAUGUUCCUGAUGGCGUAUAA